AUGCCGACCGAGGAUAGCCGCGAUACCCAGCAUCAUACCCCCCGCGAUGGUACUUCUAGAAGGAAAUCUUCGGAAGAUGCCACUCUCCAGGCAGAAAUGGAGCGCCUCCGCGACAGUGUCACUAAAAUGUCGGAAAAAUACGAGCACCUUCAUUGCAGGAACAUUGAGCUAGAACAUGACUACCGUGUUUUAAAGCGGAACUGGGAAAGGACUCACACCCAGGAUGCCCAGCAAGACCUCACCCAGAACGUUGGGCCUACUCAGCCGAACCAGCCAGUACAUUCCAGCCACAGUGCCUCAGCCCAGGCUAGGCUCCGCAAAGGUAAAGACCACCUUCAUCCGGAGAUAACCCAGUCACGACCCCUUUGCGUUCCCCCACCGAGGGACCGGCCCCAUGAACCAGUCAGGAUCUACCAAGAUUGCAGGGAUCGCCUCUCGGACCGUCAGCCAAGGCCGAUCCCUAUCCCUGUCAACCUCGAAGACCCACGGGUGACACACCUGGGCCUCUCGCCAGCCCCCGUCCGCAUACCCGACGAGGAAGGUGUCGGGGACUCGGAUACUUGGGACUUUUAUAAUUCAGAGACCCAGCCAAAUUACCACACCGGGGCGCUGGAAAAUUGGGAACAAUCCCCAGUCUCUGUCUGCCCCGCCCCCAGGCCUUUGGCGCCUGAAACUCUUCCUCAUGCCGACCCGGCCAUGAGGCUUCUCUUUGAAAAGGUCCGGCGCCUGGAAAGCGAACAACAACGCAGCCAUCAACCCCUCUGGGCAAAACCACGACCAGGGCCCUUUACGGAACGCAUCCUCCACUACCACCAAGAGAAAGAUAUCCAGCCACUCCGCAUCGCUUUCUACACUGGCACGGAGGACCCUCUCACCCACAUCCACUCCUUCCAGUCUGCCCUUGGGUGCAAAGGCCUCACUGAUGAAGGCAUGUGCCUCCUUUUCCCUUCCACCCUCAGCGGCGCGGCCCUGAAUUGGUUCUACAGGCUCCACCCCUGCACCAUCAACUCCUUCGAUAGUCUCAAGCAGACGUUCCUGGACCAUUUUAUGAUCCAGACUGAUCGCCUAUACUCUGCCGACGACUUGUAUAUGCUUAGGCAGGCUGAGGACGAACCCCUUCGGGAAUAUGCAGCUCGGUUCAGUCAUGAAUACUCUCGCUGCCCAGACACUGACGAUCGCGCUGCCUUCGGCGCUUUUAAGAGCGGCCUCCGCGAGUCCAACUUCCGCUACCUGGUUCAUAGCAACAGUUGGAACACAUAUGCAGAGCUGAUGAAGCAGGCGGCGAUCCACGCUAAGGCUGAAUACUUCAAUUCCAAGCGUGGCCCAGCCAACUUGGCGCGCAACACUUUCGCCGACCCUCCACCUGCUUCAGCACCCGCCCCAGCCCCACCUCAGCAUUCUACCCCUGCCCCGAGUGCCCAGGACAACCAACCACAUAAGCGGAAGGAUAGCUACCAGCAUCCCUUCGGCAAUCACAAACGUGGCAGACAUGGCAACCCCCAUCAAUCUAGUGGAAGCAACCCUCCCAGGCCUGGUGAUCGGGCCCCACUUCCAUUCACACCCAGGCCCAGGUUUGAGGUUUUUACGACCCUCAACACCACCUAUGAGAACGUCCUGGCGCGUGAAGCCCCCAUCAUCCCCAAGCCACCCCCUCGGAGACCAUCCAACAAGCCUAUGCCAAACACGGGGGUCUUCUGCCGCUUUCAUCAAUUCAGCGGCCAUGACACCGAGUCUUGUGUUGCGCUGCGCAACAUCAUUGAAGGACUCAUCCGGGAGGGUAAGCUGGACAACUAUGUGCGCAACAUACCAGCCCCGCCUAACCCUCACCAACGACAAAUCAACAUGAUCUCCACCAUCAGCGGAGGUCCUACCCUGGCUGGCACCUCCAACAACUCCAUCAAACAUUAUGUCCGCUCCACCUAUGCGCACCAGGUCUUCAGCACCGAGCAGGGACGAUUGCCAAAGACCCACAGGACUGGCUGGGCCCCCAUUACCUUCUGCGAGGAGGAGGAGCGUGGUGUUAUCCUCCCCCAUGACGAUCCACUCAUUAUCCGGGCUGACAUUUCUAACUUCAACGUUGGGCGUAUCCUGGCGGACACUGGCAGCUCGGUCAGUGUGAUGUUUGCCGAGUGCUUCAAUGAACUCCAGGUCCCACCUCACCUACUCGACCGAAGCAUCACACCCCUUGUGAGCUUCUCGGGUGAUGUGGUCCAGCCCAUCGGCAGCAUUCAUCUCCCCAUCUCAAUUGGGGCCGCACCCCAGCGGACGACGAUCACCACCCCCUUCCUUAUCGUCGAUUGCCCCACAGCCUACAACGUCAUCCUCGGCCGCCCAGCCUUGGCCCAAAUGAAGGCUUUUAUUUCCACGCAUAUGCUGCUGUUGAAGUUCCCCACUCCUAAUGGCCCAGGCACGGUGCGCGGCGACCAACUCGGAGCCCGAAGCUGCUAUGCUUCAGCCGUCAAAUCCACCAAUCGCCAACAUAAGAGUGAAGCCCUAGCAGUAACCCAGGCUCCCGCCCCUCCUCAAGCUGGCACAGACCCACCUGAAGACCCCAGGGAGGAGUCCAUCGCACCACAGGCCGAACCUAUGGAGGACCUGGAGCUGGUUACCCUCCAUGACGAUAUCCCGAAUCGACAAGUCCGGAUCGGCACCUCCAUCUCACCAGAGCUUCGCUCUGACCUGGUCGCCUUCCUCCGCCUCAACUCCGAAGUCUUCGCUUGGUCCUACAAUGACAUGCCUGGCAUAUCACCAGACAUCAUAUCUCAUAGGCUUCGCGUCAAUCCUGCCGUCCGACCAGUCCGACAGAAGCGUCGAGCCUAUGAUCCCGAGCGCUAUGAGGCCAUGAAGGCGGAGGUGGAUCGAUUGAGUAGUAUCCGAUUCAUCAGGGAGGUUGACUAUCCCACAUGGCUGGCCAAUGUCGUGAUGGUCCGCAAGCCAAGAAAGGGCUGGCGCAUGUGUGUCGACUACACCAACCUUAAUCGGACAUGCCCAAAGGACAGCUUCCCGCUACCCCGCAUUGACCAACUAGUCGACGCCACAGCCGGCCACGCCCUCCUUAGCUUCAUGGAUGCUUAUUCAGGUUACAACCAGAUCUUCAUGCACCCCGAAGAUCAGGCCCACACCUCUUUCAUUACGGACCGCGGCCUCUACUGCUAUAAGGUGAUGCCCUUCGGCCUCAAAAACGCCGGGGCUACUUAUCAGCGUCUGGUGAAUCAGCUCUUUGCCCCCCUGAUUGGCAAUACCAUGGAGGUCUAUGUCGAUGACAUGCUAGUCAAGAGUCGCACGGCUGACCAGCACAUCCCCAACCUCUCUGCCAUGUUCACCAUCCUGAAGCAAUACAAAAUGAGGCUUAACCCCACCAAAUGUGCAUUCGGGGUGGCUUCCGGAAAAUUCCUUGGCUUCAUGAUCAGCCAGAGGGGCAUUGAGGCCAAUCCAGAAAAGAUCCAGGCCAUCUUAGAUAUGACAAUACCUAAGACGGUCAAGGAUAUCCAAAGCCUUACAGGGCGUGUCGCAGCCCUGACCAGAUUUAUCUCCAAAGCCACUGACCGCUGCGCCCCAUUCUUCAAGGCCCUUAAAGGCACCAAAAGAAACAUCACCUGGACUGCUGAAUGCGACACGGCUUUCAGCGAGCUCAAAGAGUAUAUGGGCCGGGCCCCUUUAUUGUCAACCCCUGAGCACGGAGACAUCCUCGUGAUUUAUCUCUCCAUCUCAGCUUCAGCUGUUAGCUCUGUGCUCAUCCGAUCAAAAGAUCACGCGGAGCACCCAGUGCAUUAUGUUAGUAAAGCAUUGCAAGAUGCCGAAGUUCGGUACCCGGACAUCGAAAAAUUGGCGUUCGCCUUGGUCGUCUCGGCAAGACGCCUUCGACCAUAUUUCCAAGCUCACACCAUCCAUGUCUUAACCAACCAACCACUCCGACAGGUGUUGCAGAACCCAGAAACCUCUGGGAGGCUGGUCAAAUGGGCCAUUGAACUGGGCGAGUUUGAUAUUCAUUACAAACCCCGCCCGGCUAUGAGGGGCCAGGCCGUUGCUGACUUCCUAUCCGAAUUCACGGAUCCCCAAGCUUCCGCAGCUACCCAGCUCAUAACCGAACCCAAUCCCCCUUCCAGCCAGGACCAAACCCCCACCGAAGGCAAUCUCGACCUAACCCAGCCCCUGUGGACCUUAUUCGUAGACGGCUCUUCUAAUGCCCAGGGCUGUGGGGCCGGCCUCGUUCUCAUCUCCCCAGACAAGGUUGCCCUCGAGUACGCCCUUCGCUUCAAAUUCCAAGCCUCCAACAAUGAGGCCGAAUAUGAAGCACUCUUAGCUGGUCUUCGAUUAGCCAAAGAGAUGGACGCCAAGCAAAUUCAGAUAUUCAGCGAUUCACAACUUGUGGUCCACCAGGUCAACCAGGACUUCACGGCUAAGGAUGCCUCUAUGACGGCCUACCUCCAGCAAGCUCGGCACUUGCUGGCAAACUUCCAAGCCCACUCUAUCAGGCAGGUGCCGCGCUCCGAGAAUAGCCAUGCCGAUGCACUAGCCAGGUUGGCAUCAGCCUUGGAGCAAGGACUGGGUCGCCACAUCCACAUCGAGUUUUUGGCCCAGCCCAGCACACAAGCCCCACUCAUCUGCACUAUUGAUCACAGCCCUACAUGGAUGGACCCCAUCCUCCAAUUCUUACAAAACCAAACACUACCGGCUAAUCCGGCAGAAGCACGACGCGUUCGCCAUCGCUCUGCCCGUUACCUGAUCAUUAACGGCUCCUUAUACAAGCGGGGUUUCAGCCUUCCUUACCUCCGAUGCCUGACUCCAGAGGAGGGUCACUAUGUCCUCCGAGAAAUCCAUGAAGGCAUCUGCGGCAACCACUCGGGCGCACGCUCGUUAGCUCAUAAGGCAAUCCGCCAAGGAUACUUCUGGCCUUCACUCCACACUGACGCCCAGGCCUUCACCCAAAAAUGCGACAAAUGUCAGAGAUUCGCCAACAUUCCACAACUCCCGGCAGAACCACUGACGGCCAUGGUCAGUCCUUGGCCAUUUGCCCAAUGGGGACUAGAUCUCAUUGGACCGAUGCCAGAGGGCAAGGGCCAAGUCAAGUAUGCAGUUGUGGCCGUAGACUACUUUACCAAGUGGGCUGAGGCCGAGGCAUUGGCCACCAUCACUGCGGCUCGCAUCGAAUCCUUUGUGUGGCAAAACAUUGUAUGUCGCUUCGGCAUCCCCAACUCCAUCGUCACCGACAAUGGCCGGCAAUUUGACAACGCCAAAUUCAAACAAUUUUGUUCCAACCUCAAGAUUCAACUACUCCCAGAAGUACUCUGGUCCUACCGCACCACCUUCCGCACAUCCACGGGUGAAACGCCGUUCUCCCUAUCAUUUGGAACCGAGGCCGUGGCUCCGGUAGAGAUUGGCCAGCCCACAUACCGAACCUUCACUUACGAUGCCACGGCCAAUGACGAGCAGUUGGCCCUCAACCUCGACUUCAUUGACGAACUCCGGGACCAAUCGAGCAUGCGCAAUGCCGCGUACAAGCAACGCAUCGCCAAAUACUAUGACUCCCGAGUCAAGCCCCGUGCUUUCAAAAUGGGGGACUGGGUCAUGCGCAAGGUUUCCUUGGCUACCAAAAAUCCUAACGAAGGUACCCUCGGCCCUACAUGGGAAGGUCCUUAUAAGAUUAUCAAAAUCUGCCGCCCCGGCACUUAUCAGCUUCGUGAUUCCUCAGGCAAGACGCUGCCUCACCCGUGGAAUGCUGACCACCUCAAGUACUAUUACAAGUAA